UUAAAAUGAUAGAAGUGGAUAUUCCAGAUAUUAAAUGUUUAAUUGAAAACCAUACUCAAUGCAUCUAAUAGGUUUGUUUGAAUAAAUAGUGCACAGACUUAAGAUUGAUUUGCAAUUAAUGUCUUAAAUAAGGAAUCCAUUAACAGCACAUGAAAGAUGUUUAAGGAUUGAACUAAUUAGUCAAUUUUAUUGAUAAUAAUAAUAAGUAAUGUGAUAGUCUAUGUGAAUCGAUAUGCAAAUAAGGAGAUCUUGUUUUGGACUCAUACUUCAAAUUGAAAAAUGAAAUUAAAAACAAAUAUUACAUCUCAAAGGAAAGGCUUUUGAAGAUAGAUUCUAAUUAACUGAAUUAAGCAAUUGGUUAAAUGAUAUCUCUUGCUGAUUAUAAAAUAUCUAUCUCAAAGAUUAUCACAGAUUUAUCAAAUGAACAUAAGUUGAAAAUAGACAAAUUAAAAUAGGAAUUAUUAAUAAAGACAGUGAAUUUAUCUUAAGUCAGCAAAGAUGACGAGAAGUCAUCUACGAAUUUAUUUAACAAGGGUAGGUUAUUGAAAUUUUUCUAGGUUUGGCUUUAUUUAAUAGUCAAAAAUUCGAUGAUGCCCUUUAAGUAAUUGAUUAGACUUUGAAAUUGAAUCCAAACAAUAGAGAUUCAUUAUGGUGUAAAGGUAAUUCAUAUUUUUAAAAUAGGUGAAUGUUUAAUAAUGAAAAACAAUUUAAAGGAAGCUGUGAAUUUUUAUAAUUAAGCCAUAUCUGUAGAUUCAAAGCAUUUGAACUCACUCUCAUCUAAAGGUAAAUAAAUCCUUAAAAUUAUAAGGUGAUUGCUUAAGAGGGCUUGGAUAAUUCAAUGAAGCCAUAAUAUUGUAUGAUUAAGCAUUAUCCAUUAAUCCAAAACACUUGGACUCUUUGUAUGGUAAAGGUAAAUUUGCUUCAUUAUCAAUUAGGGGAUUGUCUAAGAGAGCUUGGUAAAUAUGAUGAAUCCUUAAGAUGGUUGAAUUAAGCGCUUUAAAUCUAACCAAAGGAUUACUUUUCACUUUAAUCAAAAGGUAAUUUAUAGUUAUAUAAUCAACUUAUAAAGGUAUGUGCUUACAAGAAAAAUAGAAUUUCGCUGAAGCUUUAAACUGUUUCGAGUAAGCUUUAAAAAUUUCGCCAGUUGAUCAAUUUAUCAAAAUGAGAAAAAGUACAUAUAUUAAUUCAUUGCAGAUAAAUGUGAAUAAGCCUUAAAGAAGAAUUGA